AUUGACAUCCAUCAUACAUGUUUGUUACAUGACAACCUUGUGAUAUUUCCCGAAAAUACAAUGACGGAUAAUGAACAACGCAAAUUCUAAUUAUAUUUUAAAAUAAAUAACACUUUUACUUCCGCCCAUCUACGAAAAAUGUCCGCUAGCAAAUUAGAUGCAGUUUAUCGUAGCAUACUCAUUACAAAGUUUUUCACAAAAGGGUGGGGAAAACCAGAAAACUUGCGCAGGUUAUUUGAAUUCAGAAAAGUUGUGUCUAACCGAGAUGAAUGUUUUAAAUUGGUGGAAAAGGAUUACCCCGUUACUAUUACAAAGGAACAAAACUUGUCGGACUGUCGGCUUCUGGAGGGCUAUUUCGUAACACCACUGGAGAAGCAUCUGCCUGGCAUAGUGCCAGAAAUAGCACAAAAGGCACAUUUCCAGAUGUUACUUCCUAUUCAUUGGCCCGAACCAACAUGCAAACCAGUUUGUUUACAUCUUGCUGGAACUGGAGACCAUUAUUUCUGGAGAAGAAGGAAUUUGAUGGUUAAACCAUUACUAAAAGAAGCUGGCAUUGGUGGGAUUAUCCUUGAAAAUCCAUUUUAUGGUCUACGCAAACCUACAGAUCAAGUGCGUUCCUCCUUACACAAUGUGUCGGACAUAUUCGUAAUGGGCGGCUGUUUGAUCCUAGAGUCUUUGGUAUUGUUUCACUGGUGUGAGAGAAAUGGGCUGGGCCCACUCGGGGUUACGGGCCUGUCUAUGGGUGGUCAUAUGGCAUCACUAGCGGCCACAAACUGGCCUAAGCCUCUGGUAUUAGUUCCUUGCCUUUCAUGGUCAACCGCAUCGGCUGUAUUCCUUCAGGGUGUUAUGUCGCAUUCAAUAAACUGGGAUUUAUUGGAAGAUCAAUAUUUGUCAGAUGGGAGUUAUAGGGAAAAACUUUCCAAAAUGGUAACAAUUGUGGAUGAAGCAUUCCUUGCAGGGAAGAAGUUUGCUCAAACUUACUCGCAAAAUAUGGAGAAUUUGUUGCAAAAGAAUACCCCUGAAAUAAUUAAGCAAGUAACGAUAGAUCCAGCAUAUCCUAAUUUAGAUAUUACUUAUAAAGAAAGCAGUGUUGUGAGCAACAAAUUUGGUGAACCGAAUGAUUCCAAAAAUGAAGGCAAAAGAAAAGAAGAAAAAGUUGAUGAAUUAGUGAAAUCGUUUGCUCAAAAGGAAAACUUGAAUGACGAAUUGAAGGUUUUAUUAGAUGAAAAGAAAAUAAGUCAAAGUUUGUACAAUAAGUUGACAUCAAAUAAGAAAUUCGAAUUGGAUUCUCAGGAUAUAGAUAUAAUAAAUAAAUUGACUGAAAAUAGGAUAAGGGAGGCACUGCUCAAAUGUAAUACGAAUAUCGAUACCAAAUUAGAGGCUUCACAGCAACUCUCUCCUCAGAACUCUGAGGAAAAAUACACACCACAUUCAGAUUUAUCAAGUGCCAACCGAGAAUCAGUUAAUAUUGUAACAAAAUCAGAGGGAACAACUGCUGAAAGUACCAAAACAGAAUCAAAUCAAAAUAAAGGAUUAAUAGAACUAAAAUCAAAGCCAGAGAGGAAAUCAUGGAAUGUAUCAGACCUCACAUCAGACCUAUGGGUAAACUUACCAUUCAUGAAAUCGAGUGGAAAGAAGAUAGACAUAGGCAAAAUCCACUGGAGGGACAGAGAAGCACUACAGUUCAUGAGGGGUAUUAUGGAUGAAUGCACGCACUUGAGUAAUUUUUCAGUUCCGUACGACACAUCUUUAAUAAUAGCCGUGUGCGCAAAGCACGACGCGUACGUGCCGCGCGAGGACGUCGGUGCGUUGGAGGAGAUCUGGCCCGGCGCGGAGGUGCGCUACGUGGACGCGGGACACGUGUCCGCUUACAUACUGCACCAAUCGCUCUUUCGGGCUUGCAUUAAAGAAGCGUUCGAGCGAUCCAAGAAGAGGUGGCAAGACGGGAAACAUAUUGAAUGAUAAUACAUAUCUCCACUCGGGAUCAGGCGCAAUUAUAGUCAAUCAAUAGAACCCACCCCUUAUUCACUGAAUUCCAACGAUAUUUUUGUAUGAGCUUGAAUAGUGAUAUUUUUUGUGAUAAAUUGUUAACAAUAAAAGGUUGGUAGCUAUUGCCUUUAUUGUAUGUAGGUCAAGCUAACUCGCUUUAACACUAUUUUCGCAAAAAAAAACAAUAAAUAGCUCAUCAAAAUAUUAUUGUUAUUUAAAAUACAUCAGUAGAGGGUUAAAUCAACAAUGAAUUAAACAUGUAGAGCAUAUUUAUUGUCAUUACGAUACAAACCCUUUCCAAAUGAUAUAACUUAAUUUAGGUCCGAGUUUGAAUGGAUAGCAUAGCUGAUUUGAUUUAUUUGUUGUAUAAUUAGUUCUAGUCUUGUUGUAGUGUGUAACAUAAAAUGUCCCCAAAUAUCUAGAUCGGUGUUAAUUUUGCCAAAAUUUUAUUCACGUUUAUUGAGUACAAAGCUCUUAGUUGAUUGUUUAGAAUUAAUUUUAUAUAUAGAGCAAAACCGUUGCGUUUUAUUAUACACUCUUCAUAUUAUGUAUAUAAGAUAUAGAUCUCUAUUGAGAUUGUAAAGUGUAUUUUUAUACAUGUAUAAAUAUACAUCUUAUUU